UCAUGUGAUUUUAAAUGGCGGCCACUUUCUGCUGAUUUUGGCAAGGGAUUUGUGAGAUAUUCGAAGAUCACGGCGAAAGAAAUGAAGUAGAACAUCGCAAAGUUUCCACAGAAUCACAAUGGCUUCACGAUUCAGCUUUUGGAUGCUAUUUGGUGUCUGCUCUUUUAUCACACUGCAAGUAUUUGUUGAUGGAAAUAGAAAGCUAUCCACAAGCAAACUUUGCCCAUCACCAAAGAGCUCUUUCAACUUCCCUCUAAUUUGGGUUAAAGCGAUGGACAGUAGCUCAACAAUUCACUAUUUGUGGACGACAUAUCCGGUCCCUACGAUUGUUGUAGGUUAUACAACAAGAAAAGAUGUGAAGGUUACAGUAGAUUGUGCAGCAUUAACAAACGAGACUUCUCGUAACAACAGCAUAAGGUUUUCUCAUUCUAUGAAUUACACGUUCGCUUUUGCAAUGCCGAGGAUUUAUGAAUAUGACGAUGAUGAUGAUAAUGUUGACUUGACUGACAAUUCGUAUAUGGUUGUGCGGGAAUUCAUGGAUAGUACAAAAUGGGAUGUGCAUUUAGAUGCUUCGGCACAUCAAGUUACCUUCACAGCAAAUGAUUCCAUCAUUUUAAAGUUUGUGGCCUCACAUUCAGUUGAUCGUGAAUCAAAGCUCCCCCAUGAAAAGCACACAUCUGACAGCAACCGAUUCUCGCUGACGUUAAAUGAUGUGAAUGUCACUACGAAUAGUACCAGAUUUGCUGUAGAAGUAAACUACAUGGUUGAACUAGGCUAUGCUCCUGACAUUACAACAAAGAAGAGCAUUGAUGACGAGUACACUCCUGCCAUAUUUAAAACCGUUUAUGCCAAAGUGAAAGGUAAAUAUGGCAAAGCAUACUCACAGUGGAAACCCAUUGCGUACACCAAGCCUGAACUUGGAAGAAUGUGUCAAACGAGAGCUGAGAUUGGAAGUGUUCGGAAAGUUGUAAAUAGGUCUUGGAAUAUUGGCGAAGUUGCAAUGUUAUCAUUAAAUUCAUUGUAUCAAGUUUAUGGUUUGAAUGUUUCUUUUGGUAUAACUAAAGAUGGAUUUUAUCAGAAGACGAAGUAUUUAACAUGGAGUGGUAUUGUUGGUUAUGGUGAUCCAGCCACCACAUCCAUCUCAUUUCUCGUUAAACUCAUCAUCUCCAUAGGUCUCGGCCUACCCCUGGCUAUCAUCGUUUUCGGUGGUAUGUACGUUCAGAUUCGAAAACGAUGCAUGAAGGCGAAAGUCAACACAUCUUAUGCCACGAUAAAUUAAGGGCGAAUGUGUGCUCAGAUUGACAGAAAUAAUUUUACACAAUGAAUUUAAAACGAAAUGAUCGCUCGUAUAUUUUAGACUAGAUAGGAAACGAUUAUAUAAGAUUUAAAUAUAAUCUUCAAGGAAUUAGCAUAUGAAUUUCGUGCUCAAAAGAUUAGUGACUGGUUAGUGUGAUUAUCCCAGUGGAUUAUCCAAUUCGAUUUAAUCUCCCUUUGAGGUAUAUGAUUUACUGAUUUUGUUCAUAAAAGCCAGGCUAUUGGCUCCCUCCCAGCUAAACGCGUGAUCGUCAUUGUAAGGUGUGAAAUCGCAUACAUGGAGGGGAGAAUUUUUGCCCAGGAUGCGUAAUUUGUUCCUUAAGCCAAGCGCAUUUAGCCUGGCGAAUUUAGCGCAUGCGCAACAAAUCUGUAUUGCUCAAAAAACCAUGAUAAUUAUGUCGCGUGUGCGCCGGCCACUGAGCUAUAUUUAUAUUCCUUGAAGACCUGCUCUCGGAUGGCGGCGAAGUUACUGAGAAAUGACGAGCACGUCCUCCAGUUAUUUUAAUAGCUCAGUGGCGCGAAUUCCUCACAUGACACUAUAUUUUUGUAUGAUGAACUGUGAAUGAACUUUUUAUACAUAAAAAUUGUCCACCAGUGACACAA